AAAAUAUUUAUAUUUAAUCCGCAGAUCCUCACUGGCCCCCGCGAACAAACUCGGCCUCGCUUCUUCUCUCUGUCCGUCCUCGCGUUCUCGUUCAAAUCCCAAACAGUGAUCCCAAAUUCCAGAGAGUGUAAAUUCAUGGGGAAUGGAAAACCGAGGAGUAAUUGAAGAGAUAGAGACGGAGAGAAGAAUGGGAAGAGGGAGCUGCAAGUGGAGGAGCUUGAAGGAGAGAUUAGGGUUGAAGGGUGUGAUGGGGUGUUGUUCUGGGGCAUGGGGGUUACGAUCGGAGGCCGAUCGGAUGGUGAUCGAGAGAGAAAACGAGGUCAGAGGUGAAGAAGCGAUCGUGGAAGUGGAGGAUCGGGUGCCGGCGGAGGAGAUGAAUCUGGCGGCGGCGUUGGCGGCGGAGAGACAGUUUAGAGGGGAGUGGGGAGAAGAGGAGGAGGAGGGGGUGAGCACGCCGAUGAGGGUUUCGUUGAUGAGGUUGUUAGAGGAGGGGGAGAAGGAGGAGGAGGAGGAGGAGGUGGUGGUGGAUGAGGCGUGCUGUGUGUGCUUAGGGCGGCGGAAGGGGGCGGCGUUCAUACCUUGUGGGCAUACGUUUUGUAGGGUUUGUUGCCGAGAUUUGUGGCUGAAUCGAGGGUUGUGUCCUCUCUGCAACCGCGCCAUUGCUGAGAUCCUUGAUAUUUUCUAGAGAAUUUCCAGGUUUUUUUUUUCUCCCCUUUUUUUUAUUAAUUUUUUUUUAGAGUUUUUGAUGGUGUGGGAUGGAUGAAGGAAUGGGUUUAUCUCUGGACUUUUAAUUUU